UGGUUGGUACAAGGCUAUACUGACCUACAAUACUAUAACUAAAUGAUGAGGUUUUGUGUUGAAGACACUUUAUUAUCUUAGGGACUGAUCCCAGAACAACCAAUCAACAACACACUGGAUUUUCUUCAUUGAAUGUUGAAAUUGAGAUACUUUCUUCUGUACAGAUUAUUCUCUGGUCAUGUUAACAAUGAGGCAAGCUUCUUUGAAGGGAUUUUUCACAAUUUGGGUUGUGGUGAUAAUUUUGCAAACAGCUAGAUCUCAGGAAGCUCCAGAAUGCACUUCAAGUGGUCAUCAGAUUCUGCAGAAUCCAUACAGAAGUUCGGAUUUUGAUUCUUUGAAACUGCAGCAGUCAGCCAUCCAUGAUUUAAUUUGUGAUCACUCAUUGACUGCAGGGUGGUAUCGCUUUAUGAUUUUUGACAAACCAGCUGAGAUGCCAACCAAGUGCGUGGAGAUGAAUCACUGUGGAACUCAAGCCCCUGUCUGGUUGUCCUUACGGGAAUCUGAAACGCUUCCUCCACCUGGUGAGGUGAGACAUCUCACAGCCUGUGCAACAUGGCAAUUUAUCUUUAGGAACACUGAAGACUGCUGUCUUUUCCGCAUCCCAGUGACUGUCAGAAAUUGUGGCGAGUUCUUUGUGUACCUAUUACAACCCACCCAAGGGUGCAUGGGCUAUUGUGCUGAGGUUAUCUCUGACUCAAAAUCACAAUGCGAGAUAAAAGAUGAAGAUGGAAUGUGUAUAAGUAAAGUGGCCACAAAAGUGUUAUUGCCUGAUCCACCAAAGGUCCCUGAAAUUGUAGUUGAGAUGGUGGGGACAGUUGUUUACUUAAAGUGUUAUUUUGACGCUCCAGCUACUAACAACUCUAUGGGCUUUGUGAUCCAGUGGUCUAGACUUUCAGCUGAAGGAAUCACAGAAGAACUGAGACAAGAGUCCAUAGAUCAAACAUUUUCUACAAUUGAGCUGGAUGGUAUUAACGUCAGACUUGGAGACAGGAUAUACUGCAAUGUUUACAGUUUUCUCCUGGAUCAACCAGAUGUUCACAGCACCACAGUUGAAAGCAAGGAUUUUUUUGCUGGCAUUAAGCUGAUUCCUGAAGCACUUACCAUAUCAGAAGAUGGCAAUGAAUAUCGUAUGACAGUGGAGAGCACAGUACCAAUCUCAUGCGCAGGGUCUAGCCAGCAACAGCAGAAUGAGUGCAAAGUCACACUGCAAAUCCGUACUGCAAACAAAGAUGAAGAGGAACAUAGUUCAGAUCUGGCACUUUCAGCUUGUCAGUUGGAUCUGUUGCCGUCGCUCUGCCAGAAUGGAUCCUGCGCUCAAGCUGUAUUUUAUUACACAGCCAUAACAGAUUUUGCAGCAGAUGGAGACAAAGUUUCCAGCAUUGUAGUGGACCCCAUAGUUAGCACAGAUUUUGUGUGGAAUGGAUACACGCCGCAAAGCACACAGAUAACAGUGAAGGACCUUCCUACAGCUUUCUGCUAUUCAUUUACUGAUCCUCACGUGAUUACAUUUGAUGGAAGAUAUUAUGACAAUUUUAACACUGGAACCUUUGUACUAUACAAGAGUACAUCACGUGACUUUGAAGUUCAUGUCCGCCAAUGGGAUUGUGGCAGCCUUCACUACCCGGCCUCAUGUAACUGUGGCUUUGUUGCCAAAGAAGGAAAUGACGUCAUUUCAUUUGACAUGUGCAGCGGUCAGCUUCACGAAUCCCAACCUCAUCUAUCAGUGAAGAGCCGGGAUUCAACAAGUACAAAUUUCAAAAUCACUGAAUCCUAUUUAGGAAGAAAGAUUACAAUUUCUUUCUCAUCUGGAGCUUUUAUUCGUGCUGAUGUUAGUGACUGGGGAAUGAGUUUAACCCUCAGGGCUCCUGGAUCUGACUUUAAGAACACGUUGGGACUUUGUGGAACUUUUGAUGGAAACUCUAACAAUGACUUUCAUAACACCAAAGGAGACCCACUUGAAGAGCCUUCAAACAACUAUCUUUAUUUUAUAAAUCAAUGGAAAAUUUCUGCUGGAACUAGUUUUUUUGACAAAACACCAUCCUCCUCAUCAUUUACCAAAAACACAAAAUACUGCAGCUGUACUUAUAAUAGGAAGGAGAUGCCCAUAUCUUCUAAUGUUGUUAUAACACAUUCUCAUUCUGAUUAUGCUUCCAUUUGCCAAGAGAAUGAUAAUGUUAUAUAUACCUCACUGAUACCUAGCCUAGAUGUAACAGCUGAGUACAUAAGUUCUCUAGAUACCCUGAGGGAUUUGAGUAAGCGUUCAAUCCCAGAUAUUCUUCAAGAAAUUGAAACAUAUUCUUCUGAAGAUGGACUUAGUUUGAAUUCAAGUGAAGUUAGAAUUAAAGGCCAUAUUCCUAAGGUUGACACCAUUAAAAACAGAUUUAAACGUCAGAAUUAUUAUGAAUACCUUUCAACCUUCCAGUAUCAGAGCCUGAGUCAAGCUGACCUGGAAGGCUUCAGCUACUUUUUCCCAGAAGACCAUUCUACCGAUACACACCCGGAGUUUCAUCCUUCUUGGCCUACUGCAUCAGGGAUGACUCAUUUUUACGCUUCAGAACUUUGCCAGCAAACAGUUUUCAACUCAAGCAUAGGAAAUGUGUGUGUUUAUUAUCUUGGAAAUCGCUUAAAGGAUGUAGCUGAUAUGUGCAUGGUAGAUUUAUUGCUGAAAGAUGACUUAAACUGGGCAGAAGCUGGUUUGGCUCUACUGGAAAAUGAGUGUGAACGAAAACUGGUGGAAUCAGGACACCAUAUUACAAAUCCCUUAAAAAAUCCUGUGGAAAACAUUAUCUUAGCCUUAAAAUGCCCUAACCUCUGUAGUGGCAAUGGGCAGUGCAUGGAUUGGGGUUGUUCCUGCUAUCAUGGUUUCAGUUCCUAUGACUGCAGCAUAUUAGCUGACCAGGUGCCGGAGAUUAUGGAGCUUGAAAAUGAUGGCCUAUGUGAUGUUCGUAAAUACGAUUGUACAUCUGUAAGAGUGUUUGGACUCGGUUUUAAAGAAACACCUAAUCUUAAAUGUGAAUUUACUAAGCAGCAGUACAGUGGUGGCAAAUGGAUCCUUAACAACCCAGUACUUAUGGAUGCAUCCUUCAGAAAUACCAGAGCUAUUGAUUGUCAGAUUCCAAUAGAGGACAACCAUUCUGAUGGCAUUGGUUCAGUGGAUGAUAAACCAAUUGCAAAGUGGCAAAUUAAGGUAUCAAAUGAUGGCUAUACCUAUAGUAACCAUAGAGCUGUGACGUUAUACGAUGGAGCAUGUCAAACCUGUGAUCCACAAUCAGAUGGACUAUGCACACUAAAGGAAAAAACAUGUAAUAUAGAUGGACUCUGCUAUGGUGAAGGUGAUACAAACCCUACUAGUCCCUGCCUGCUCUGCAAACCUGACAUCUCAAAGCUGACUUGGUCUGUUGCUGAAAAUAACCAGCCACCAGUGGUCAAUUCAUUACCUGACAAACUAGAGACUUUUGAAAGUGAGAACUUUUUGUAUCAGUUUGUGGGCUCAGACCCAGAAGGCUCUGCAAUUCUUUUUAUGUUAGAAUCUGGUCCAGAGGGAGCAACGUUGUCACCUGCAGGACUGCUUAUUUGGAAAGCUAUAGCCCAAAGUAGACAAGAAAUUGUGCUUUCUGCAACUGAUGACUGUAAUGCCAAGACAAGAGUGACAUUGCAGGUAAUGGUCAAGCCUUGUGGUUGCUUAAAUGGAGGAUCAUGUGUAGCAAACAUUAAUUUCCCACCUGGACAAGGAGAAUAUCUGUGUGUGUGUGCACAAGGGUUUGAGGGUGAACUCUGUCAACUCAAUAUAGAUGAUUGCCAGUCUAAUCCAUGUGGUCCUGGCACAUGUGUGGAUGAAACAAACAGCUACCACUGUAAAUGUCCUCUUGGCCUCAAUGGAACAGCAUGUCAGGAAGAUGUUGAUGAGUGUUUGUCCAGUCCUUGCUUUCAUGGUGUGUCUUGUACUAAUACUUAUGGUUCAUAUUAUUGUGGUCAGUGCCCACAGGAUUAUGAAGGCGAUGGAAAGAUAUGUGUUGGCAGAGUAAUCGUUACAACGCCAACCCUGUCCACUGCGGUGUCAGAAAUUUCUGCACAAAAUCAUCAUUAUAUUGACAAUGGAAUCAGACAGAAUGAAAGAUAUAGUAAUCAAGAUCAUACUGCUCAUAAAUACACCCAAAAAAACAUGUCUGGUUCUCCAUCAAUACCUGUUCAAAAUACAGAGUUUACUAUUGGUGUUCCCCAUCCAACCAUUCAUAGUAAAUACACAUAUACUACUUCUUUUAAAACAACACAAAAAAUUCCAUCUGUUCAAGACAGCACACCAAAGAGGCACCGAACAACAGCUUAUAUGUCUCGCAAUGCCUGGAUGACUACUCAUGUUUUAAGGUCCAGCUACAGAGUGAAUCGUACAGCCACAUACCCACCUGCACAGACUAUGAUUAAUACCUCCAGAAAAAGGGUGACUAAGAAAACAGAAAAGGACACAACUGAUAUUGCAGAUGAAAGACUAUUAUUAAACAAAGCCACUGAUUCUAAAGAACAAGGAUUUUAUACAACACAAGAAGAAGAUAAUAUUUCCUUUAUAAAUAGAUCUGAAUACCACAGAGGAGAGCUGAAAACUCCAGUUACAGAGGCACCAGAGAUGCUGACAUGUGCUGAUUCCCCUUGUUUUCCUGGCGUUCCAUGUGAACCAACAAAAGAAGGAGGCUUUAAAUGUGGAAGAUGCCCAUAUGGCUUCUAUGGAGAUGGUGUUGCUUGCAAGGCUAUUUGCCGACAUCCAUGUGGAAGAAAUAUGGACUGCACUGCACCAAAUGUUUGCAAGUGUAAGCCAGGUUAUUCGGGCUAUAACUGUCAAACUGCUGUGUGUCGUCCUGACUGUAAGAAUAGAGGGAAGUGUGUUAGACCCAAUGUCUGUGAAUGUGCUCCAGGAUACGGAGGAACUACGUGUGAUGAAGCAUACUGUGAUCCACCCUGUGAACAUGAAGGUGUUUGCCAGGCAAGAAAUGUCUGCACUUGCCCAUUUGGUUAUGUUGGACCCAGAUGUGAAACAAUGGUUUGUAAUCGGCAUUGUGAACAUGGUGGAGAAUGUGUUUCUCCAGAUGUCUGCAAAUGCAAACCUGGAUGGUAUGGACCCACAUGUAGCACAGCUGUGUGCUCUCCUGUUUGCCUUAAUGGUGGUACUUGUAUGAAGUUAAACAUUUGCCUCUGUCCAAAUGGAUUCUUUGGCCCCCAGUGUCAGAAUGCUGUUUGCAAUCCUCCUUGUAAAAAUGGUGGCCACUGUAUGAGAAAUAAUAUAUGCACCUGUCCAGAUGGGUAUGUUGGAAAAAGAUGUCAGAAAAGUGUUUGUGAGCCAAUGUGUAUGAAUGGAGGAAAAUGUGUCGGUCCCAAUAUCUGUUCUGCUGCAUCAUGGAAAGGAAAAAGAUGCGACAUGCCUAUAUGCCUUCAAAAGUGCACAAAUGGCGGCGAGUGCAUAGGACCUAGCACGUGUCAUUGCCCUCAUGGGUGGGAAGGGUCUCAGUGUCAAACACCUGUCUGCAAUUCCAAGUGUCUAUAUGGAGGACGAUGCGUAUUGCCUAACGUAUGCUCAUGUCGCCCAGGGUACACGGGUGGGACAUGUAAUCAGAGAUUACAGGUACCACGAGGCUGAACAAAGACUAAGUGAAUGGCAUCAAUGUUGUGCAGCGGAUACUUCAAUAAACUUAUAUCACUAAAGAA